UCAUCACAGAAUUGUGACAGGUCACUGCUGGAUGACAUGAUAAGCAUCGUGGAGACGAACGGCGUGAUUGUUGUUGUUGCUGUCAUUGCUCAAAAAAACAAUACCAUCGUUUUUCUGAAAGUUUGAAGAGAAAAGAAACAAACACGAAGAACAUGAGAGCAGAAAUGGAGGGGGCUGUGGAUGGAGACCGCGUCCCAAGCGAAAGACGACCUAGUAUUUUGCUGCUUCAAAACAUGCUGAAAAAAGCUUCGCAAAGUUCGCUCAACAAUGAAUACCAGACUCUCGUUUCAUCGCCCUCUGAAUUAAGCAUUUCAUCUGUGGACGGUUGGAGAAGCAAACAGGACGCCUUUAAGACAGAGAACAAACAGCCGGUGCCUGCUUCAGCUGAGAUCAAAGCAGCUACUUUGUUGGCGCAAAGCUCUCAGAAUGUGGCCAGCAGCAACCCUUUUUAUUCGAAUUACAUGGAAUCUGAGAACAAGUACAACCAAGAUCAAGACGGCGUCUCUGUCCCUCAGCCCCAAUUCCAGAGUUCUCCUCUGGAAAAUGAAGCCACAAUGUCUGACCCUCAUAAGGACUUCAUUCAGGCUUUCAGCCUAAACCACGUGCAGGACAGCUUUCCAACAUCCCAAAGUGUUUCUACAAGAGGCUGUUAUCACGGCGCCAACCCCAACUCGGUAGAUACCUACACGGAGAACCUUCCGGUGAACCUCUACAAGGACUCAAAGUCACACAGCUCAAACAUGCAGGAUUUUUUCCAAAAUUCCAGAGAAGAUGAGAAUGUCUUUGCUAGAUAUCCCAGCACUUUAGCAAAUCCGUCCCCUGACAAGGAUCUCUGCACCUCCUCAAAGGGUCCAGUGUCAAACCUAUUUUAUUCUGCCUCCACCAAGUUUCAAACAAAUGUAGGAGGAUUCUCUCAUAAAAAACUUGCUGAUGCUGGAUUAUCGGGGUCGGAUCUGGAUGCAUUCUCCCCUUUCUCCACUGCAGAGCCAUUCCCCAGCCCACUAGUAAAGAAUUUAUUUGGAGAUGGUGGCAUUGCCAGGGACUCAUUUGGUGCAACGCCAUUUGAUAGCAAGGAUAAUUUUGGGUCGUCACCCCUGGUCCAAUCCAAUUAUUCUGAUGCACUGCACGACAUUGUGCUCACCACUCCUCAGGGAAGCAACCACGGAAUCCUCCACCCGACCCCCUUCAAUCAGGCCCAGAAACUGAUGGGGUCGCCGGAUUCUUCUCCUACUGAGUCAGAGCAUGUGCAAUUCUCUAGGCGUCCACCAAAGCCACUGCCUCGUUCCAAACCUUCCAGGCCACCCAAGCCAGCAUACUCUGUGGAGCCUGAUGCAGCUGUGCCUCCGAAACCUCCUCCAAAACCGUUUAAACCGCUACCAAAGCUGCCCAUUCACCUCAAAACCGAUGCUGAGGACCACAAAGCGGCUGAUAUGGAAGACUACCCCGUCUUUGAGGACAUUUUACUGAUGGGACAGGAGAGGUGUGUAGAAGACUGGCCAGAGGACAGUCCUCAGCUGGACCCCGACUUCAAACCAUCCGGGAAGUUUAAACUCCGCCGUGAAUCCCUAAAAAUGAAGAUGGACCAUGAGGUAGCAGAAGGAGGCAGUGUAGAAGACUUGGAUGGUUAUGGAACUCAGGGCAAGAAAAAGGGGAGGAAUUUCUCCCUGAUGUCCAGAAGAGGCUCAAAGGACACAUUUCCUGGUGACAACAGGAGCUUCACUUUACCUACACAAAGAAAAUCAUCAAAGGACUAUUUUUACGAAAUGAACUCAUCCCCAGUUGAGAAAGAAGAUGGAAUGCAAAGUUGGUCAGACACAAAAAAGAAGGACCCUCUAAAGAAGAAAGUCAACAAGAUGCUUAGGCGCGCAUCCACCAGUCUCAUCAACAAACAUUCGACUGCUGAAAGCAAGCAGGACGAUGACUUCAUUAAGAAAAAGAUGCAAAUGAAAGAGCCCACCAACACACAGCACUCUCAGGAGGCCAUGUUGGAAUACAGCAUGAAUGUGGAAGAGAAGGUUGGACCAUGGGAGGCUGACGGCUACACCAGUAAUGGCAAAAAGAAGAAGAGUUUCAAGUUAAUCUCAAAGAAAAAUCUCCCUGAGGAGCAGUCCAAGGGGGCAUAUGGUUUCUCCAAUCGCACGGACUCAAAUGAGUAUAUAUUUGAGGAUGAUGACGGGUUAAGAAGUCCUCAUUCCACCAGACAGGACGGGCUCGUAGACAUGAAUGCUUUUUCUGCAAGCAUGCCCACUGGAUUGAAUGACCAAGAACUCUACUGGCCUGAGGACUACAAAUCUCAGAGGAAAUCCAUGAAGAAGAAAAUGCUGCACUUGGCUCGCCACAGCUCCAAGGAGGACAUGCUGAACACCAACAGGCAGCAUUAUGAAGAGCUGAACUCAGACGACUACAAGCGGAAAAAAAAUAAAUUCAAGGCUUCGGUCCCUCCUCCGGUUCAGUCUCGCAAACAAAAGCCGAUUCACAGUUUACCUGAACUGGAGGAACCAGGUGCAUACAGCCAUGCUUCUUCCACAGAGCCGUCUUAUUCGGACCACUGGCUUGGCGAGGAUGAUGUCAUGCGGAGUGGAAACCCACGCAGGAGUGCCAAAGUGGACUACAACUACGAAGUGGAUGAACUGGCAAUCUGCAAACAGAAAAAGUCAAAGCGCAAAAGCUUAUGGAAGCACAAAUCGAAGAUAAGCAUGAACAAAGAGUGGGAUGACGCCAGCGAAGACUCAGCAGCGAUGUCUGAGGCGGCCCAUGCUGAAAUGCUAGCGGCUCAGAGGGACAUAGCGAACAGUGUGGAAGACACUGAGGGUGACGGGGACACAGACAGCUUGAUGGAAUGGUGGAACACAGUGGAACAAUGGGAUGAGCUUCCAUCAGACGAUGAGGAAAAAAAUGAUGAUUCCACGUCCUUCACUAUCUUGGCGAACAAGGUUCAGCGAGGCCUGCGCGUCUUCAACAAAAUCUUCAUGGAGCGCGCCGAGGUUUUGUGGCAGCAUGUCAUCAGGCUGCACGCCCUGGCGGAGGACAUCAUCAUCUUCCACCAGAAGGCCAAGGCGGCAGGCAUCACCGGCGGCACCACGGCGGCCGUCGGUGGCGUGACAGCCAUCGCUGGCCUGGCCUUGGCACCUUUCACGUUUGGCGCCUCUCUCAUUAUCACGGCUGUCGGUGUAGGUGUCGCUACCGCUGGAGGGAUCACCACGGCCUCGGCGACCAUUUCGGAUAAUGUUAACAACAUGCAUGAGCGCAAGAAGGUGGAGGCGGUGCUGCAGGAUUACGACCUUCACUUUCAGGACGUGGCCAAGGUCCUUUACUUCGUCAAUCACGGCAUCUACAAACUGCGCGGGCAUCCUUUCCUCAGGUCAGGCACACAGCACUACUCCGAGGACUGGGAGGUGCGCAAGGCAGUGCAAAUGAUCAGCCUGGUGGACUCGCCCGUCAUGCGAGCUUCACAGGUCACCGAGACCAACUUGGCCUUAGUCCAAAAAUUUCACAGCAGCAUUGACAAGUAUUUCCUCAAGGAAUCCCGGGAGCUGAAGAGAAGCUGUAAGAAGGAGUUUGUGGCUCAGAUAAAGGAGGUUGCCAAUGUGCUCAAUGAUGGAGUGGUGGAGCUCAAUGCCAUCAGGGAGGAGUUACAGAGCGCAGUUGGGAACAUCUUGAAUAUGUUUCGCAAAGAAAAGCACUCAGCACCCACUGUUCCCUCACUUCCACCGAGAUUGCCCACAGUUCCAUCACUUCCACCGAGGCUCAACGAACAGGAUCUGGACAAUCCAAUCACACACAGCACUGAAGUACAAGACUCAGGCGGAACCCAGCAGAACCCUGGUAUGCUUAAAGGAGUCAUGCAGAAGGUAAACCCAUUCAAGUCUUCCUCUCAAGUCCCUGAAACUGGAGUGUCUGAGUCAUCGGGACAGCACCCGGGAAUGUUUACAGGGAUGUUCCAGAAAGUCAAUCCAUUCAAGUCUUCAACACAGGCACCAAAGCAUGAGCCUCAGGAUGCAGAGCCCCAAGAGCCCAGAGAUGAAAAAGAGACACCAAAGCAUGAGCCUCAGGAUGUAGAGCCCCAAGAGCCCAGAGAUGAAUUCAAGGAAAAAGAGGACACGCAGCCUCUCCAGCGUGACGUCUCAUCCAGUGAAGAAAGCCUGGUUGAUAACAACAACUUGCCUAAAAUGCCGAUGUCACAAGAGGAUACUGUGGACUCGGAUACAUCUCUGAAGCAGACCUUCAGAAUCAAAAGAAUUCUUCCAAGUGGGCUUUUUCGAGCAAAGGACUUGAACACAUUGGCUGACGCACAGCCUUUACCACAGGAGGUGGAGGUCCAAACACUGGAGAUGGUUGAAAUGACUGCACUCAAUGAUGGAAGUGCCUUAGACCCUUUGGAGGAUGAAGAUGGACUUCUGGCAUGGUGGAGAACAGUCGAUGGCUGGACUGAGUGGAAUGAGGCUACCCAGAAUAAUGACACUGAGGAGAUAGUGGAACAAGCGGCCGAUCGUGUCUUCAUGGCGGCCCAGCUCUUUGUUCGCCUUUUCAACCAUCGUGGUGCUUCUCUGCAGCAGCGCAUCCUGGAGCUCGUUGCGCUGGCUGACGCCGCUGACAACUUUCACAAGAAGACUGUUACGGCCAGCAUCGGUGGCGGUGUGGCCAGUGUGGCAGGCUCUAUUACCACCAUCACCGGUCUGAUCCUGGCCCCAUUCACGGCAGGAACGUCGCUCAUUGUCACAGCUGUGGGUAUCGGCGUUGCCACGGCGGGUGGCGUAGCCUCUGCCUCCGCCAACAUCACAGACACGGUGCAUUCGAAGACUGAUCGUAAGAAGGUGGAAAAAAUGAUCCAAGACUACCAGGAGCAGAUAGAUGACAUCAAAGAGUGUCUGGAGUUCUUGCAGGAAGGGAUGGAAACUCUUGAGGAGUGGAACUUUGAGCAAUACGCCGAGAGCAUCUCCAGAAAACAUCUCAACCAGAACGUCAAACAUGUUAUGAAGGAGGGUGGCCGGGCUGGCAAAGCUUUGGUCAUCAACACAGAGAGCCUGAUCAACACUGUCCAGGUCCUCAGUGUGGCGGGUGGUGCUGCCAAAGCAGCCCAGGCGAUAAGCGUCACCACUGGGGUCAUGUCGGGCCUCUUCCUGGCACUAGAUGUCUUCUUCUUGGCCAAGGACUCUGCAGAGCUGAAAAAGGGUGCCAAGACGGAGUUCGCCGCGAAAAUCAGAGAAGUUUGCAAAGACCUGCAGGAUGGACUCCUGGAGCUGAACCACAUCAAGGAAGAGCUGCAGAAGACUAUGGAUGGCAUCGAGGUGGAAGUGGAAGAAGAGGACGAGGAGAUUUUAAAGUCUGAUCUGAAGAAACUCAUUGAGCUUGAAGAAUGAUGAAACCAAAUCAAAUGCCUUAAUCCUGUUCUUGAUUUUAACCAGGUAAUGGCAUUGUAGAACCUCUGACUAGUUCAAUAUUUUAAAUAUGCAACUAUUUAUAUUUUAAUAUUGUGAUUGUUUUUCUGUUUAGUUUCUUUCAACAAAAUGUGCUAAAUUAAAGUGCCUCAGCCAGCA